GAACUUUCAUAUGAAAGAGUCAUGGAUAUUUAUGAGGCAGAAAAAGCUCAAGGUGUUAUUGUUUCAGUAGGUGGACAAUUACCACAAAAUAUUGCACUACGGUUACAUGAUAACAGUGUGAAUAUCUUGGGAACUAGUCCAGAGAUGAUUGAUAGAGCAGAAGACCGAUUUAAAUUCUCGCAAAUUUUGGACAAAAUUGGUGUAGAUCAACCUGAAUGGAAGGAAUUGUCGAGUGCUGAAGAAGCUGAAAAAUUUGCUGACCUCGUGGGAUACCCUGUUCUCGUUCGUCCUUCAUAUGUGCUUUCAGGUGCUGCCAUGAAUGUAUGUCAUAACCGCGAAGCACUACACAAGAACCUUUUCGAAGCAACUUCGGUCUCUCCUGAACAUCCGGUGGUGAUCUCCAAAUUUAUACAUGGAGCUGACGAAAUCGAUGUUGACGCUGUAGCACAUAAAGGCAAGCUUCUGAUUCAUGCCGUUUCGGAGCAUGUUGAAAACGCCGGUGUUCACUCCGGUGACGCCACUCUUGUACUGCCGCCACGUGAUAUUGACGAAAAAACAAUGGCGCGAUUGAAGGAAGUCGCCGAGAAAGUUGCCAGUGCAUUUGAAAUUACAGGUCCAUUCAAUAUGCAAAUUAUCAAAAAGGAUGUUCCAGGUGGUGAACCAUUAUUGAAGGUUAUUGAGUGUAAUUUACGGGCUUCAAGAUCAUUCCCAUUCGUUUCCAAAGUGCUCGGCACGAAUUUCAUUGAUGUUGCCACGCACGCAUUGGCUGAUUACAAAGUUCCCAAACCAGUUGACGUUAUGAUUGAAAAGAAAGAUUAUCAAGCUGUCAAAGUCCCACAAUUCUCAUGGACACGCCUUGCAGGUGCUGAUCCGUUCCUUGGCGUAGAGAUGGCAUCGACUGGUGAGGUUGCUUGCUUCGGAAAAGAUAAAUACGAAGCAUACUGGUCUGCGAUUCAAUCAACACAGAAUUUCCGAGUUCCAGAAAUCGGAAGUGGUAUCCUCUUGGGAAGAGAUGAAUUUACGGAUGAAGACGAUUUCUAUGCCGUAGCACACACUUUAUCAAAAGAUUUAGGUCAUCCAUUAUAUACUAAUUCCGAAACAGUCACGAAGUAUUUAUCUAGACGUAAUAUUCAGGCAACAACAUUGACUUUACCCGAGCAAAAUAAACGUGCUCUCCAACAAGUGUUCCAAGAAAACAAGAUUGAUUUUGUUUUCAAUCUCGCAUCAAUUCGGGCCAACACUGUGACUGAUGAGAACUAUAUUGCCAGAAGAUCAGCAGUAGAUUUCGGUAUACCAUUGAUUAAUGACGCCAAAUGCGCCAGAUUGUUUGUAGAAUCUGUAAAGAGAAAGCGUCAAGAGUUAGGUAGUUUAUCAGUUGGAGAGCAUCCUGCAGAAGUCCGAAGUUGGUCUGAAUUCGUUGGUGGAAGAUAUUGUUAA